AUGAUUGGACGUGCAGGUCGUCCACAAUACGACACAUCAGCGGUCGCUGUUGUUUUUGUACAAGAUGUAAAAAAGAAUUUUUACAAACGUUUUUUAUAUGAACCUUUCCCUGUUGAAUCAAAUUUACUUCCAGUUUUACCUAAUCAUGUAAGUGCUGAAAUAUGUUCAGGUUCAAUAGUUAAUCGUCAACAGAUUGUUGAAUAUUUGGCUGGAACAUAUCUUUAUAGACGAUUAUUUGCUAAUCCAGCCUAUUACGGCAUUGAACAAUUAAAUAAUAAAGAGUUAACAACAUUUUUGAGCACAACAGUAGAUUCUUGUUUAGUAGAACUUUGUGCUUCAUAUUGCAUUCUUCCUGAUUUGGAAAAUGAUGGUUAUAUCCAUUCUACCCCUUUUGGACGUAUUGCAAGUCGUUAUUAUUUGGAGCAUCGAACAAUUCGACAUUUUAAAGAAAGAAUAUGUCCAGGAAUGAGUGUUGAACAACUUUUGCUUUGUUUAACGGAGUGUCCAGAAUAUGAAGAAAUUCCUGUGAGACAUAAUGAGGACCAAAUUAACAGAGAGAUUCAAGCAUUUCUUCCAAUUAAACUUGAAGUUUCCAAUUGGGAGUCAUCACAUGUAAAGACUCAUUUAUUGUAUCAAGCACACUUUUCGCGUAUGCACCUUCCAGUAGAUUAUAUUACUGAUCAACGUUCUAUUAUUGAAUCUUGUAUUCGUAUUUUACAGGCAAUGUUCGAUUUUUGUGUAGAAAUGCAUUUAUUAAAUACAACAUUAAAUGUUUUAAUUUUACAACAACAAAUAUUUCAAGCACGUUGGUAUACAGAUCAUCCUCUUCUUUGUUUACCUCAUUUAAGUGCCCAUUCAAUUGACGGAAUUGGUCCAUUAUGUUCCAUUCCACAAAUUAAAGAACGUCUUGGAAUUUAUAAAUUAAAUAAUGGACAGAAAUUGACUAAAAAAGAAGAGAAGCGAAUUAUAACAGAAUUGUGUUCUAAAAGUAUUUUAAGCGAAAAAGAAGCUGACGAGCACUUUUACAAUGGCCAAUACUCUCUUUAGAGCAGAUUUAUCUUCUCCCUCAACAAAAAAAGCAACGUCAAAAAUUUGAAGAAAAAUUAAUUAUAAAUGUGGGAAUGGUAAAUGUCCAGUUG